GUUUCGCCGCCAACUUGACCGAAUCAGUUGCCGAUCGUCAACUGUCGAGAAAGCUCACGCCAGCCCACUUUGCGUUUGUUUACGUUUUUCGUGUGUGAUGGCAUCGAGUGUGCUGUGAUGUGGAUUUUCGUGAAGAUGUGGCCUCGGAUUUCUGUGAACAUGGUUUUUCUGGCUUUGGUGGGGUUUUCGUGCGCUGCCAUCAUGGGCGACGAGUGCGACUGGACAGGGAGUGGACUGAGCCCCUCUUCGACGGGCCGAGGCGUCACCCCCGUGUACCUGCGCUGCUCGGCGGGAAAGGUCACGUGGUUGUACCCCCGGGGCGCCCUGCGCGUGCUGCUGCGCCUCCCGGGCCAAGACCGCGAGUUCCGGGCCUGCAUCAAAGUGCAUUCCGACGGCAAGAAGGACCCAGCGGCUCGCUUGUUCCUCGAAGGGCCGCGCUCUCUUCUGCCGCUGUACUCGCACUCCGACGGUGGGAAUAAAGCCAUCAGGUGUUUCAACAGUAAGAAUGGCCAAGCAGCCAUCUAUGUGGAAGCCGCGGAUGUGGACGCGGUCACGAAGAGAGUGGCGGAAGUGGAUUAUGACCUGCAAGCUCUGCCCAAGGGGGUGCGGGGGUUCGACCCUACUGAAGAAUGUCGACCGUGUACAAGCGAGGAAUUGGCGCACGCAUUCUGCACCAGUGAUCUUGUGACUCGGGGCAUUAUCCACGGUGUGGAGAACCACGACGAGCUCGAGGUGUCCCAGAUGGCCGUCAAAGUGACGAAACUCAUCCGCCACACCGUCGACGACGCCUUCACCACCGACAACAGCAUCCCCGACGAGUCCGCGCACGACUCCCUCCAGGAAGUCACCCUGCACGUGGCGCAGCACUGCGGGGUGUCGCACGGGAUCGGCGAGUUCGUCUUCAUGGCGAGGCGCAAGCUGGGCGACCUCACCCUGCAGUGCGCCCCCCGGCUGGAGGACUGGGCCCUCCUGGUCAACCAGCUGUCCGAAGAGGGCAAGGCCCACUGCGUCUUGCGCAGUUAGCCCCCACUCACCAAAGUAACUUAAGUGCGCUUCUGUGAUCUGUACAUAUGUAAAGACUUGAAUGCGACGGUGCUUAGCAAAACUUAAGCCGGAUUUCAGGGGACUGCUGUGCAAUAGUUGGCAAUAAACGACCGUCCUGGAAUGUUUUGUGCUUGUACAUAGAGGUGCUCCACAUUGGAGCUUGGAUUCUUUAUUCGUGUAAUAUUCUGAGCUUCCAUAGAGUUAUGGUUAUUGAAUUCUUGGUGCCAAAAUAGAGCCGCUUUCUACAGUUUCACUUGACUAAUCCUGUACUUGUAAUUACUUUUGUAAAGUUGUCUUAAUUAUGUGUGUACAUAAAAGUAUUGUUUGGAUCUCACGUUGUGUAAAAAUGAAAUCUUAUUGUUCCUAGUACUGAAAAACUGGUAAGAUUUCGUUUUUUUAUUUUUAUGAUAGAGUUUUUAAAAGAUCUGUUGCUUAAGAAAGAAUGCCAUAAAUGACUUCUGUGUGGACAGAACGCUGUGAUAUGUAAAAUAUAUUUUUAUUGAAUUGUAUUGUUUGCAAAGAAAUAUAUAAAUUUUAAAUUAA